GCGUGCUGUGCGCUGCAGCUGUUUGUUACGCGACUUCCUGGUGCUCUUUGUAGUAAACUUCGUAUUUAUAGGCUGCUUUGUGUAGUUUUUCUUGGGCAACUCGUCGUAAUUUCUGUGGAGUAAAUGGCUAAGUAUGCUAUAAUGGAGCAGCGGGGUAAAAAGACUCUUAUGGUCCACUAACGACAAUGAGACUGACAGCUGACGCUCAUACUGACAGUAGGAACUGCUUCUGCGAUAUGAAUGUUUUGUACUGAAUUCAAUAUCUUCCCUCACCUUCAUUUUAUCGGCUGAUAUCCAUCAUGAAGAAAAGAAGCCGUCGCACACUAGAUCAAGAUGAUCCUCUGUGCUGUUGUGAGUACAUCGAUCGUCAUGGUGGACGCAGUCACAUGGCAGCAUGUUGCUGUGACUGUGAGGAUUUGGAUGAGGCUUGUGACAGAUGGAUGAAGAAGAAGUCUCAAAGUCCAGACUCUCUGUCCCGGGUUAUAGCCACGAUCAAUGAUCGUCUGCGGGUGCCCUGGAUAUCUGGAGCCCGACAAGUUGAUAUAUCAGUGAUCCCUCCUCUUAUUCUGCUUCCUGUUUUUUUGCACAUUGCAGCUUUGCACUACCUGUUGGGUAUUUUAGUGCUAACAGCAGUGCCCAUCAUGGUCCUUUUGUACUACUAUUUCACUCACCGAAAGAAAGGACGCACGUUAUUCUUCCUCAGCCUCGCACUCUUCUCCCUCUUCUACAUGUUCUACCUCUUCAUCACCGAAAUCGUUCCUCGAGGUGAUGUGACUCACCUUCAGUUGGCCGCUGUGACGGCGGGUGUUGCUCUUACGGUCAUUUCUCUCAUAAUCACUAAGAGAGGGCCGGGCUACGUCAGGCCUCGUCCAACUGACACUCAUAGUACAGUGACCUAUAACAAACCUCCACCUGACGUAGAUGCCGCCUAUCUAAAUGGAGCACAGCACCAGGUGGUGAUAGCCAAUCACGAACAAACUGGUGAAUCUGGGACAGCACAGCAGGGCGUUCAGAGGAGGAACUGGUGUGCUGUAUGCAAAGUGGUGCGGCCCCCGAGAGCGGGACACUGCAGGAUCUGUGGAGUCUGCAUCCUGCGUCUGGACCACCACUGUGUCUGGAUCAACAGCUGUGUGGGGCAGGCCAAUCACCGCGACUUCCUUCUGACACUUGUUUUCUUUCUGCUGACGUCGCUGUACGGGAUCAGUUUGGUUCUUCGAAGCGUGUGUCCCGACCAGAAUGUAAUGACUGCACUGUUCUACUGUCCUGACGUCUACAACCAGUUCAGCUCUGCUCUGUGUUUCACCUGUGCCUGGUACGGCAGUAUCGUGACGGGAGGUUUGCUGCACCUGCUGCUCGUACAGCUUAUCAACGUCAGCUUCAACGUGACCGAACGAGAGGCGCGUCUGGCUCGGAGAGAGAAAACCGCUCGCAGCCUUCUCUGGGGUCUGAUCAUCGACACCGGCGUUUACUCACAAGGCUUCCGUACUAACUGGAUUGAAUUCAUGACCAUGAGCAAGGCUUCAGAGCCAUCAACCCAUAAACCAUCAGAUCUGGUGUAGAAAUUCAACUGUCAGUCUCUGCUGAUGCAAAAACUAUUGAACUGGUCUUUAAAGUGAAUUAUCGCUCAUAUUUAAUACAGUGAAGUAUAAUGUUGUGCUACUUAAUGUCUUCAACAUCCAUUCCAGAGUCAGUUUUAUGGCUCUAAACAUUGUGUUCAAGGUCUCAUCAAGAGUCAGUUGAAUUGUGUGGAUCACUAGAUGGCAGUAUUGUAGUAUGUUACAUUUCUACCAGUGUAUUUCAACAUCAAGUACACCAUUAUUCAGGUGAGGUUAGU